AUGGACCCCAAGGCCCCAAUGAUCAACCAAAAGUUGGAAGACUUUUUACAGAGCUCUGAUAUGCGAGUUCCUUGCAUGGAAUGUUCGGAAGAAGAGCGAAAGAAGAAAAUCGGAGGUUGGCGGCUAACAAUGCUCGUGGAGCACAUUGCGAUCCGUCAUCGGGAAUCCGCACGGCAGUACUUCACUCAUCACUGCACAUAUGAGGGUUGUAAGGCCAAGUUCGCCCUGCCUGUCUACGCGUGCCUUCAUGACCACCGGGAAUUUGUUGUGCCAACGGACUUGAUCGAUGGCUUCAAAAAAAUAGCUAAAAGCGGUACGGCUCAAAGGGAUGAACAUGCCUAUCAGGAUGAACUCUACAAAUUGGUCAUCAAGUCUGUCUUGCACAGUUUUGUGAACAAGCUUGAGGGAUCGCGCACACCACCACGAGUUGACGAUGUGGAUGGGAGCUACAGCCUCAGGACCCCAGUAUACGGCGAAGAACUCCCGACACGGCUUUCUUCAUAUUCGCGACUUUCUUCUACUGCACACUCAUCGAUUAUCGAAUCGCCACCACAUGGAUAUUCGUCAGUACCGUCCCGCUUCAGUGCUCAACGAAACAAAGACCUCAAGCCUGAGCGCCCGAGCUACACGGCCAAUAAUUAUCGUGAUGUGCCGGCCAAGCUUUCAACUGACUCACCGUUGCUCUCGCGGCAAUGCAAACUCCCGUGCCGGAUCGAGCAGGUACCCGGACGCACCGAGAAGCCCUGGCCGUAUGCCGGUUCCGAGGCCGCAGUUAAAAGAUAUGACGGGGCCACAACACAUCAACUAUCCCCCACCGCGUUCCCCCGGGCGCUCGCCUAUGCCGCUGCGUUCGCCGUCGGC